GACAUUGUGUAACAGGAAUAUUUAUUUUGCGAUAAAAUUAUAUUCAUGACAUAAUAAUGCCCGUGAAUAGAGAAAUGCCAUUAAAUAUUUCGCUGUAAAUGAUGUUAGUCUCGCAUUAUACGUAAAGAACAAUGCUUUAAUUUGAUAGAUUUUCACCAGUUUUAAAUAAUGGAUGGUGAUAAUGAAAAUCAAGAAGAUGACUUAGAUCGAAAUUCUGAAUAUCUUGGAAAUUGGCUGAGAAAGAGAGCAUCUGAAGCAAGUGUAUAUGUCAGUGCAGAAAAUAUAGCUCCCACAGAAGGUGAUGAUUUCAAAAGUACUACUCAACUCUAUCCAAAAAUAUCAGAUGAACCUUCUGAAACUCCAAACAAUAAAAGAUCACCCACGAAAUCCAAUAGUUCUGUGAAUGAGUCACCUAAUAAAGUAGAUACAUUAGUUCUUCGAAGUACAGGAAAAUAUUCAAAGCCUCAUGAAACAAUCAAAUUGGAACACCUUCUCAAACCUGAUGGUGAUACUGCCUCAUUGUUAUCUAUUGAAUCGGCUGUCUUCUUUGAUGAUCAUGUGCGACGUAUAGAUUUUGUUCUAGUAUAUUCCAUUGAACCAGCUGACAAUGGAGAACACCAUGUUACAGCCAGAAAAAUUUUUGAAAAUAAUUUAAAAGCAGAAGGAUUAGAGUUGGAACAUGUUUACCAGGCAGAAACUGGAUUAGUGUAUGUGAAAAUCCAUGCUCCAUGGGAAAUUCUCAGCCGUUAUGGUGAAAUUUUGAAAUUCAAAAUGCCAAUGAAAGAGAGCUUGUUUGAAUUGCCUGAACGAACUUCAAAUAAUGUACCUGAUUUUGAUUUUUCAAAGUACUAUUUUCGUAACUUAUUCAACCGCAUGACUGGAUUAGCUCAAAGUGUUUCAGAUCUUAUGCAUCCGGAAGCAUAUACAAUACGGUUUAAAGAUUGCCAUUUUUCUACAGUUUAUUCCAGAGAUAAAGAGUAUUUAUUUGAUAUACCUCGCAAGAAAGAAGAUUUCUUUUCUCCAGCUCAAAGAUCCAGAAUUGUUCAGUUCAUUUUGAAACGAAAAAGUUUCACUGAAGAUCAUACAGAUAUUUUUGGAUUUGGAAUCAAGAAAUUAUUGGCUGAUGGUGUUUAUACUGCUGCCUAUCCAUUACAUGAAGGAGAUUUAAAUGAUGAAUCGCCUGGAAAUCCUCGGUGGUUUUUACAAAAGAAUUGGGCUUCAUAUUCUUGCCUGUUCAAAACACAGCCUCUUGAUGAAAUAAAGCAUUAUUUUGGAGUUAAGAUUGGACUUUACUUUGCUUGGUUAGGUUUUUAUACAUAUAUGCUGAUUCCAGCUUCUAUUGUUGGCAUUUUAUGUUUCAUAUAUGGAUGUCUUACUCUAGAAACCAAUGUUCCUAGUAAUGAAAUUUGCAAUAGUAAUUUUGUCAUGUGUCCAAGAUGUGAUAAAGAGUGCCAUUAUUGGGUUUUAAAAGAAUCCUGUAAAGCUGCAAAGAUCACAUACUUAGUAGACAAUGCAGCCACUGUCUUUUUUGCAAUAUUCAUGUCUCUAUGGGGUGCUGUAUUUUUAGAAAUGUGGAAAAGAUAUUCAGCUGACAUAACUCACAGAUGGGACUUGACUGGUUUUGACACAUCUGAAGAACAUCCUCGCCCUGAAUACUUAGCUAGAUUGGCUAAUGAAAGAAGGAAGAAGUUGAAUUUUAUUACAAGAAUGUAUGAGCCUUAUGUUCCAUUUUGGAGGAAGCGCUUGCCAUAUUCUGUCAUGUCUACAUCGAUUGUACUUUUGUUGGUCAUGGUUGCACUGGCAGCUGUGGUCGGUGUCAUUUUGUACAGAAUUUCUGUUAAUGCUUCCUUACUUCUCAGUAAAGAUAAAAAUCUAACCAAUUUUGCUAGCAUCAUAACUUCUACAACAGCUGCAUUGUUGAAUUUAAUUUGCAUAAUGAUUUUCAAUCAAUUUUAUACAUUCAUGGCUACAUAUUUAACAGAGCUUGAACUGCAUCGGACACAAACUGAGUUUGAUGAUAGUCUUACUUUGAAAAUGUUCCUUCUUCAAUUUGUUAAUUAUUAUUCAUCCAUUUUUUACAUUGCAUUUUUUAAAGGAAAACUCAUUGGUCAUCCUGGAAGAUAUAAUCUAUUAUUUGGCCUUAGACAAGAGGAGUGUGGAACAGGUGGUUGCCUCAUGGAGCUAGCUAUACAACUUGCUAUUAUUAUGGUUGGAAAACAAGCUCUGAAUAACCUAAUGGAAGUCUUGUGGCCGUGGUUAAUAUGGGUAUACCAAAGGUGGCAAAUUAAAAAACGUGGAAAAUCUACAACCAGUCGAUGGGAAGAAGAUUAUGCUCUUGCAGAGUGGGGUCCAACUCAUUUAUUUUUUGAAUAUUUAGAAAUGAUUUUGCAGUUUGGCUUUGUCACCAUUUUUGUUGCCGCCUUUCCACUAGCUCCUCUAUUUGCUCUUUUGAAUAACAUUUUCGAGAUUCGGCUCGAUGCGCAUAAAUUAGUGUUCUCUCACCGAAGACCUGUUGGUGUGAGAGUACAAAAUAUAGGUAUUUGGUAUCGAAUAUUGGAUUCUAUAGGAAAGUUGGCUGUCUUAACUAAUGGAAUCAUUAUUGCUUUUACAUCAGAUAUGAUACCUCGCCUUGUCUAUCGCAUAGCUUGGUCGCCUGACUACUCUCUGCAUGGUUUUGUUAACUACAGUCUUUCAUAUUUUAACACUUCACACUUUCCAGAUGGCGUAGAUCCACAACCUCUUAUAUUACCUGGAAAUAAAGACCCUGUUGAUGUGGAGGUUUGUAGGUAUCGAGACCAUAGAAAUUCACAUUUAGCACCAGAAGAUGAGAGAUAUAAUUUCAACGAGGAAUAUUGGCACUUGUUAGCUGUUAGAUUCGCUUUUGUGCUAAUGUUUGAGAAUAUAAUUCUAAUGAUCACCACUUUCCUUCGCUGGUUGAUUCCGGAUGUUCCAAAGAAAUUGAUGGAAAGAAUUCGUCAUGAGAAUUUCAUCACUAAUGAAAUAAUGAUAGCACAGGAGCUGAGACGAGCAAAAGGUCUUGACACCAUACCUGAAGAAAAGAGCAAUGGAGAUACCGUCAUUGCCAAUUCAAAUCUGGCCACUCCAAGAAUAAAUACUCCCAAUUCAAUUGGUUCAUCUCCAAAACUAAACACUCAUACUUCAAAGUCGGCUAAUAAUUCUCCAAAAAUAAACACCCCAAAAUCAGCGAAUGCCUCCCCAAAAAUAGUCAAUCAGACUUAUGUGUGAUAUGAUUAUACCAAUUGCUCAAAUUCAAGGGGAAAUUGUGUGGAAUGGACAUCACAAUCAUUAUCAUAAAAUUUUUAUAUGGUUAAAAUUAUUUCAUAAAAUUAUUUGCAUUCAAGCAUUUAAUUUUUAUUUUUUAAAAAUGCUGUAUAAAAAAAAUUGUUUUUAAAAAAAUGCAUGUUUUUGUAGAUCCAUUAUAGAAGAGAAUCAGUACUUAAAAGAUUUUAGAAUUAUGCAUGAAUAAGUAUGGAAAUCUAUGGUUUUACUGGAGAUUUACAUAAAAAGUUAGAGGCUUUGUUUAUUAAAUGUUCAAUAUGAAUAUAGCGAAAUAUUUGUUUAUGAGGUGCUGAAUUCUGAGCAUUUAUUUUCAUGGAAAUGUUUUUUUUUUUUUAUUCCAUUCUUUACUUAUAAAAGAUUUCAGUUAAGUAUGACCUCAUUU